AUGGACAAGCUCGUCGCCCAGUACUCGCGCCCGCAGCACCAGAAUGAGUUUUACUCAGAGCAAGAGCAACAGGACCUCACCGAGAGCGUCCCUCCGCUCUCCCUCAAGUUCGCUCUUCCUCCUGUCGACAACCACGCCUCCUUCCUCCGUGCUAUGACCGAUGACCUCGCCAACCCCAGCUGCCCUAUCAAGCUCGCUCACGGAACAACAACGCUGGCUUUCCGAUUCCAGGGCGGUAUCAUUGUGUGCACCGAUUCGCGAGCGACAGCCGGAAAUUGGAUUGCUAGUCAGACAGUGAAGAAGGUUAUUCCCGUGUCGCGGUUGAGCCGUGGCGAGGACAAGCCAACUAAUGAGCCUACACCUGGUUUGUUGGGUACUAUGGCCGGUGGUGCGGCGGAUUGCCAAUAUUGGUUGCGGUAUUUGAGUCAGCAGUGUACUCUGCAUGAAAUCCGACACAAGCGUCGUAUUACUGUCGCAGCUGCAUCGAAGAUCCUCGCCAACUUGACUUAUGCUUACAAGGGCUAUGGCCUGAGUAUGGGAACCAUGCUUGCCGGUGUGACCCCCCAAGAAGGACCCGCUUUGUACUACAUCGACUCAGACGGCACCCGACUGCCAGGCAACCUGUUCUGUGUUGGAUCCGGUCAGACAUUCGCCUACGGUGUUCUGGACGCCAACUACAAGUAUGAAAUGAGCGAGGAGGAGGCGCUCGCUCUGGGCCGUCGUGCUAUCUUGGCUGCUAUGCACCGUGAUGCUUACUCUGGUGGUUUCAUUAACCUCUACCACGUUAAGGAGGAAGGAUGGGUGCACCAUGGCUUCGAUGAUAUGAACCCUAUCUUCUGGAAGACGAAGCUAGACAACGGCGAGUUCUCAAAUGUCACAUCGGCGUUGUAA